CGGCUGGCCGACGUGCCGGAGCUCGCAGGCCAGCUGGGACACGGUGUACAUGGUCGUCGAGGAGGCGUGCCGCACGAAGCCGCACGAGAUCGACGUCAGCUACAUGCACCUGACGUGCUGCCCGAGCCGCAUCGGCUUCAUCGGCGUGCAGCUCGCCUCGCUCAACAUGUCGAACAACCGGCUGCCGGACAUCCCCGAGGAGAUCGGCUGCCUGCGCGGCCUGCAGGAGCUGUUCCUGCAGUACAACUGUCUGACGUCGCUGCCGAAGGGCAUCGGCCGGCUCGAGCAGCUCUACGAGCUCGACCUGAAGAACAACAUGCUGCGCUCGCUGCCGGACGCGAUCGGCGACCUGCGCGCGCUCGCCGUGCUCAACGUGACGAACAACGCGCUCGAGAGCCUGCCGGCGAGCAUCGGCCGGCUGACCGCGCUGCGCGAGGUCAGCGCGCACUCGAACUGCCUCGAGCGCCUCCCCGUCGAGAUCUGCGAGCUCAGCAACGUGACGACGCUGUACCUCGGCGAGAACCCGCUGCGCGCGCUGCCGGAGCGCAUCAGCGCGCUGCGCCGCCUGCAGGAGCUCGACGUGUCCGACUGCGCGCUGACGCGGCUGCCCGACGCGCUCGCGCAGUGCGGGUCCCUCAUUCGGCUCUGGCUGUCGAACAAUCGGCUGCGCGAGCUGCCGGCGCAGAUCGGCCGGCUGCAGCAGCUGAAGGAGCUGCACGUGCGCAACAACGCGCUGCGCUACUUCCCGGCGUCGCUCAGGAUGCUGCGGCUCUACACGUUCACGGCCGUCAACAACCCGCUCGUCGAGGAGGGCGAGAGCGAUGCGAUCGCGGCGCUGCAGCGGCGGCCCGCGUCGCGCGUGCCGCCGCUGCUCGAGUCGUGCUGCCGCGGCGUGGUGGCGCACGGCGUCGCGUGGGAGGCGGCGGGGCUGCCGCGCGACCUGCACAACAUGCUGCGCGCGCCGCGACAGUGCUGCAACUGCGGCGGACCCUUCUUCACGUACUGCCAGUCGAGCCUCGUGUUCGACAGCAUUGGGAUGUUCUUCCGCGUUCCGAUAUAUCAGAACAUCUGUUCGCCGUUCAGGAAGAACAAAUGUCGGCCAAUGGUGUUUCAGUAA